UCUCACGAGUCGAACCCCGCAGCACAGCAACCCCUCUCCGACCUUCCAGAAUCCAGAACCAGCUUCCGGGACCAGCCAUGGCGACCGCCCCCGCGCCGACCACCGCCGCGCCGGCCCCUCCGGCAGCCGCCGCGGCCGUCCCGUCCGCCUCGGUGCCGCGCGGCCAGGUGGAUCUGGUCGACUUCAUCGACUGGACCGGCGUCGAGUGCCUCAACCAGGACCCCGCGCACCCCAUCGCCAACGCCUUCAAGCAGGGCUACAGGGAGGAUGACGGGCUGCACCUCGCCAGCGACUCCGACGAGCAGCUGCUCAUCUACAUCCCAUUCAUGCAGGUCAUCAAGCUGCAUUCCGUGCUCUUCAAGGGCCCCGAGGAAGAAGGUCCCAAAUCUGUGAAACUCUUCUCCAACAAAGAGCAUAUGGGUUUCAGCAAUGUCAAUGACUUUCCACCAAGUGACAGUGUUGACCUAUCCUCCAGCCAUUUACUAGAAAGCAAGCCUGUGACACUAAAGUAUGUGAAGUUCCAGAAUGUUCGCAGCUUGACUAUGUUUAUUGAAGACAAUCAAAGCGGAGCUGACAUCACACAAAUUCAGAAGAUUGCGCUUUAUGGAACAACCGUGGACACAACAAACAUGAAGGACCUGAAGAAGAUAGAAGAGCAUUAAGCAGUCCCAUCUAAGUUAGUGUGUUCCAGUGGGUGUAAACAGUUAACUGUUGGGAAAACUUGUGGUUGAUCCUGGCAACUUUGUGCCCCAUUUUAAACGUGUGGUAUUUAAGGGCUUCAUGUCUCUCGGUCUAUGCUAGAGCGAUUGCCUGUUGGCCUCGUGCAGGCUGCAAUUUCAAGUUGGGCUUGUGUCACAAAUGAAACGAUGUUCCCUCUUCAGAAAAUUCAUAUUCAUCUUCUUUUGCUGGGGAAUUUGUUGUUUUCAA